AUGGAAACCAUUAUGGAUAACUCCACUAUGGAAUUUGUUCAACAACAAACUCCAUCCACACUCAUCUCCACCAUUCAACAACUUUCAUACUGGAAAAUCUUCGUCACUUUCAUAUGUAUAGUCCUCGUAUGGGAUCAAAUAUCAUACCAAAUCAAAAAAGGGUCCAUUGCAGGUCCCAGAUUCAAAAUCUGGCCCAUCAUUGGUCCCUUUUUGGAGUCAUUAGACCCAAAAUUUGAAGAAUAUAAGGCUAAAUGGGAUUCAGGUGCAUUAUCUUGCGUUUCAAUCUUCCAUAAAUUCGUCAUUAUUUCAUCUACAAGAGAUAUCUCAAGAAAGAUUUUCCAAUCUUCCAAAUUUGUAAAACCAUGUGUGGUGGACGUUGCUAUUAAGAUUUUAAGACCUACAAAUUGGGUCUUCUUGGAUGGGAAGGCUCAUAUCGAUUAUAGAAAAUCAUUGAAUGGGUUAUUUACAAAGACCGCAUUGGCUCAAUAUUUACCAUCACAGGAACAAGUCAUGGAUAAAUAUUUACAAAAAUUUAUUGAAAUUUCAAAAGAGAAUAAUUACGAACCACAAGUUUUCUUCCAUGAAAUGAGAGAAAUUUUAUGUGCCUUAUCAUUGAGAGCAUUCUGUGGUGAGUAUAUCACGGAGGAUCAAAUUAGGAAAAUCGCUGACGAUUAUUAUUUGGUUACUGCUGCUUUGGAACUAGUCAAUUUCCCCAUCAUUAUCCCAUUUACAAAGACUUGGUAUGGUAAGAGAACUGCAGAUGCAGCAAUGAAGAUUUUUGAACAGUGUGCUCAGAUGUCCAAAGAUUAUAUUGCUAAGGGUGGAAAACCAAUUUGUGUCAUGGAUGCCUGGUGUAAAUUGAUGCAUGAUGCAAAGACUAAGAAUGAUGAGGAUUCAAGAAUCUUACAUAGAGAAUUCUCUAAUAAGGAAAUUUCUGAGGCAAUCUUCACUUUCUUAUUUGCCUCACAAGAUGCUUCCUCAUCUUUGGCAUGCUGGUUAUUCCAAAUUGUCGCUGAUCGUCCAGAUAUCUUGGAAAAGAUUAGAAAGGAACAGAUGGAAGUUCGUAAUAAUGAUAUGUCCACUGAAUUAAAUAUAGAAUUAAUUGAUAAGAUGAAAUAUACUAAUAUGGUCAUUAAGGAAACUUUACGUUAUAGACCACCUGUCCUAAUGGUUCCAUAUGUGGUAAAGGAAAAAUUCCCAGUCACUCCAAACUAUACAGCACCAAAGGGUUCCAUGUUAAUUCCAACCCUUUAUCCAUCAUUACAUGACCCUGAAGUUUAUGAAAAUCCUGAUGAAUUUAUUCCAGAAAGAUGGGAAGAAGGUUCCCCAGCAAGUGAAGCAAAGAAAAAUUGGUUAGUAUUUGGUUGUGGUCCACAUGUUUGUCUGGGACAAACUUAUGUUAUGAUUACUUUUGCCGCAUUAUUAGGUAAAUUUGCAUUAUACACAGAUUUUGAACAUAAGAUCACACCAUUAAGUGAGAAAAUUAAAGUAUUCGCCACCAUUUUCCCAAAGGAUGACUUAUUAAUGACAUUUAAGAAGAGAGAUCCAAUAACAGGGAAAGUCUUUGAAUAA